AUGUAUAAUUCAGUAAGACGUAAUUUAUAUGAAGAUAUUGAAAAGUAUUUACCUACACCAUAUCAUCUGGAUGAACCAAUCAAUUUUAGUGGACGUUUUUCACUGGAACAAGAUGGAAUCGUCACGAAAGACUGUUCGGAGAAGAUAAAACAAUUAAUUUCCGCACCAAGAGGAAUGCGGAGAUAUGUCAAACCACCUUCGACACAUAGAAAUGUGCUUAAGUUUCAGAUACCAGAGAAACCUCAAGAGAAUGACUCAGUCAACAGAGCGAAACCAGAUCUAGAGUCAGUACAUACUGAGAAUUUGAUACGUCCUACGGCGAUAAAAUCAAAACGAAUUAUAGAAACUGUUACAUCGGUUGAGGAAUCGACUGUAAAACCUCUUAUUUUAAGAAAGUCGAAUUCUGUCAGCACCGAUACAAUAGACAUGGAUAUAGAAGAUCAUUUAAGGUGUAAAAGUCUAGAAAAGGAAAACACGAUUCUUGAACAACAAAAAGAUAUAGCUGAAGUGAAAACCUUAGUGUUUUAUCUCAGCGAACAAUUAAUGCUGGCAAAAUGUAUAGAUUAUAGUGAAACGUUCAAUGCAACAAAAGAUGAAUCACAUCAACAACAUCAACGGCGACGUCAGCAGGAGCAGGAACAGUUGUUGCAGCAAGAUCAGCAGCAACAACCACAACAGCAGCUACAGAGGGCAGAACAUCAUCUAGAACAGUCACAAAAACACCAACAACAGCCAAUCACAAAUGAAAUUCCAAGUCGAGAAUCACAUCAAGAUAAUAUUAGCCACAAAACGUUCAGUGAUAAAUACACGGAAACUAGUGAGCCACUCUCUCUAAAUACCAUUCCAUCCACAAUCGGUACGCAAGAUAUUCACAGACCAAAAAACCUUGAUGCAACUUUAGUUACAUUGGAUAAUACAUGGCUAGUGUCUUGGAGUAAUCCAGAGUCAGUAGAUUCAAAUGAAACGGUAUUUUCUUCAAUUGUCGGAUAUGUGAUAUCAGUAAACGGUAUAGAAGUGAAGCGGAUACCAAGUGUAAAUCUAAAUAAAGCAAUUAUUAAUUUAUCAGAAUCCGUCAGAUAUCCGGUAACAUUACAGGUUCAAUCUAUAGAUGAAAAUAACUACCUAUCGAGGCCAGCAUUGAUAACAUUGAAUGCGUAA